UAACCAGAGAGGUACGGAUGGCUUUGAAUGUCUACCUAGUCAGCAAGGGAGGGAGAUGUACAGAGGAACACACGUAAAUGUGUCUGCAGACGGCCAGCACAUGAAGACAAUACACAUUCCCAAAUCUAUGAUGUCUGCACCCUUCUUACAGCAUCCAGCCCUUACAGCUGGACAGAGACGCUACCUUUGCAGUAUAGCAAACGUUUACAGUACAGAGCACAUGAGGCAGCAGAUGAAGCAGCACUAUCUCAAUGUGCUGCACACAUGUGUUCAAUCAGGUCAGAAUCCCACCUACGGAAGGAGGUUUGGGUUUCACCAGCAGAGAGACAAUAGUAUGUUCACGAAGGAUGCACAGAAGGAUGUGGCAAGAGCAAAGCCUCAAGGACAGAGGAAAAGCAGCAGCACAGCUAAUUCUGAUGUCAUACUUCCAAAAAUAGUCAACAGAUGACCAAUAUGAUGGCAAAAUGUUUUCGAUUUAAAGGCGUUAAUUACCUUAUAGUGAGUCUUAAUGUUUAUCUUUGUAGCACACAUUUAUCAAAUAUGACUAUAAAUGUGUGCAGUUAUAAUCUUAUACAGAUAUUACAAGCACCACCACAUUUAGAGAUGAAGCACAUGUCAUAUUUACAUGUCCUGUUAGUU